UAUCUAUGGGCGAAUAGCUGUGCUUUGGAUGUUGUUUAAUUUUUUUUUAAUGGAUAACAUUUUCCCCAAUACGCACAAGAGAACACUGUGACCACUCACUCCGUUAGGCUACAAUUCUUUGUGUUCGGGUCGCAGUGGUUUUACUCAGACAAUGUGGUGAGGAGAGAAACUUUUGUUGCGGUCUGUCAACUCCACGGUUCUCAAUUCCGGGGCACACAUCUCCAUUUGUGAUACCACUUUUGCCAGACAAUUCAGUGCCUGUUGUUGACAUUCGGGUCGGGCUACCGUCGGUGCGGACAAGGUAGGGAGCUAUAGCCUAACUACCCCUCAUAUUCUACAAAAUUACAUUAACACAAACACAGUUGUAAAACGUUAUACUCUGUGGCCGGGGUAGGCCUAAUUCGGGUUUGCUCAACUCAUAAAGACCCAACUUUACGCACCAGCCGAGACUGUUUACAAGGCAAAUUAAUUUCCCACCUCAGUCAAUAGUUAUUUUAAUGACACGGUUCUAAUUUGCCGGAAAUUACCAGGCGCCGCAGUGUUCUUAUCUCGUAUGGCUGAAGCCAGAAGAGAAGAGGAGGCGGAGGAGUUGAGGGAUAUACGGAACCGAAAUCAAGCAACAGAUCGAACAGAGAGCAAUAAGUCUGAGGCUCUUCAUUCCAGCCAAGGACCUCUGUCCUCAAUACGAGCUGCCAUCAAGCGAACGAGAACCAGCACCCAAAGUGAACAGACCAGAGACAGAAGACGUCCAGAGAUCACCAUCCUGUCAGCCGAGCCGCUCGCUGCCAACGGCUGUUUUCCAGGGGCUUCUGGGGGACUUACGGCAGCCCCGCCUCCCUCACAACCCAUCUGGGGAGGGAGCAUCCAAUCAGAUACCCAGCCACCGCCAUCUUAUGACCAGGUGAUCAAGGAGAAGACCCAGGAGGCCAUUGUCACGCCGACCGCCGCCCCCCGGAGAUCCACGACCAUCGCCACGCAGACCGACCCUGUGGAGGACGACACCACCGCUGGCCCAGAAGGCACUGCAUCCUCACAGCCAAUCGAGAAGAGACAGUCUACAGUGAAAAUAAAGCCAAAAAAGCCUCCAAGGCCAUACUUACCCAAGCCUUUACAAAGUGACUCUACCACAGCAACAGCUGUAUCUGAUUCUGGUCUUCUCCAAGUAGACACUACUAACACUAAGAACCAAACUGACCCCAAGUCAGCCGCAGCCCAACCCAGCCCUAGAGAUUCCAGCUGUGCAAUCCCAAACACCCAGUCUCUUUCUCCAUCUGUCUCCGUACAAUUGGAUGGGCCAAUAAAACCUUCCGAACCCAGCACUAUCACUACGUUCUUAGAACCUACAAUCCCAGUAGCCACUGAACGUCCCAUCCCGCUUCCUCGUUCCAAAUCCUGCAAACAGACAAUCACAGAGGAGGUCAAAGUUCAGACUCUGGUCAGGGUCAGUGACAGUGGUUCCAGCUCUGUAGAUGACACAGCAGUCGAGGCUCCUCCCUCGGGGAAGUACCUACAGGAACUAUUAGAUGUGUUUUGUCCCGUGGACCAAUGCGACCAGAACACUAGUGACGCUAGUGACAAUCAGACGCCAACUGACGGGAGCGACCAAAGCGAGGAAGGUGACGAGAACGGUGACAUGGCCGCCCUUCACAGCCAACGUAACAUCCGGGCCCGGAUCCAGGCCUUUGAGAGCCAGGAGGGCGAUGGGGAACCAGAGUUCAAACAACCAGAGCCUCUACCCAGAAACACGCACCUCAAACCCCCUGUGAUUUCAGCCAAGCCAGCCCCAGCACUUGCCCCCAAGCCCUCAAUCAAGAAGCCUAGUAAUGGCAAUAACUACCAGGGGGCAAUCUCCAUUUUCUCCACUCCCUUUAUUCCUUCCAUCCCAACCCCAGCACCCAGACCCAUGCUCCACAGAAAACCCAGUAUAGUCCCAGAACCAAAAGAACCAGAACCAGAGGCUCCACCCCCCGCCAAGACAGCCAUCCUUUCCCGAUCGCGGCUCUCCAUAGCGGCCAGAGCCAAGAACCUUUUCCCCCAAGAGGAGGAUGAACCCAGGUUGGUACCUCCUAUCUCUCCAGAGAAGCCUCGCAAGGAGCCGCUGGGCCUCAACCUCAACAACCACAACUCAGCCACAACAGAGGCAGUGAAUGAAUACAUGGACAACCCCACGAACUAUAUCCCAGUGAACCCUGUGUGUAGUGAUGUGGGCGGCGGCGGCUCCUUCAGCAGACAGACUGUAACCAGAAGACCCACCACCAUUAGAGUGCCCAGUAAAGGAAACCUGUUCGAUGGGACUUUGGACAACCCUCCUCUCCCUGCACAGAAGCCUGUAGGGUCACUGCCAUCCUCCGUGACCCGUAAACAAAGCAUCUCAACCCGCUUCCCCUUCCAGGAGUCCUUUGAUUCUGAGCCCAUACCGGGCCUCCCUCCUCGGCCUGGUGGAGCUAAGGUCCUCCCUCCUCGCCCACCUCCAGCAAAAGUAGGCCCAGGAAGGCCACCCCCGCCCCGGAUAAAUGGUCCACGUCAAUCCCUCUCCUCCCGUAGAGCACCAGCUUCAUCAGCAGCUCCAUCACCCAAGCAGCCCCAGGCUCAGAAGCCCAAGAAGGGACCUGUGCUUCCCCCCAGGCCCAACCCUGGCCAUCGUCUCUACAACCAAUACACGCUUGGACUUCCCCACGGGAUAGCAGAGUUUGACUACAGUGGGAGAGACACAGGGGAACUCUCAUUCCAGAAAAAUGAGUUGCUGCUGCUAAUCGAGCAGCUCGACCACAAGACCUUUGAAUGUCAAGUGGGAGACAUCCGGGGCCGAGUCCAGAAGUCUCACAUGAAAGUCAUCACUCCUCUCUCCAGUGCCCCAACUAAACCAUCUCUGUCACAAGGUGUCAGCACAGUUGGGACUCGUAGAGACAGCAGUGGUCUGCAGGUGCAGGUCCUCCAUGACUUCACCCCAGAGGGUCCAGGGGAGCUGGGUCUGAGGGAGGGGGAUGUGGUGACCAAUGUGGAGCAGGUGGACAGUGAGUGGUACCGCGGCUCCUGUAGAGGCUCCUCUGGCUUCUUCCCUGUCAGCUAUGUCAAAGUUAUGUCAAAUGCACCAACACCGACCAACGCAAAGAAGGCAAGACCCCCCCCUGCAACAGUCAGUGGACCAAGGUGUGUGGCGCGGUUCGACUUCGAGGGUGAGCAGAGUGACGAGCUAACCUUUUCUGAGGGAGACGUGAUUCAGCUAAAGGAGUACAUGGAAGAGGAGUGGGCGAGGGGACAGAUAGGGGCCCACACUGGAAUCUUCCCCAUCAACUUUGUGGAUAUCAUAGAAGAUCUUCCUCCUCUGCCACAACCACAACGACAGCAAUCAUUCCCCACCAAGAUGGCACUACCUGGCAUGGUUUCUUCAACCAAGACCCAAGAGGCUGCCAAACCCAUACAGUCUGGUUCGUCAGGAGUGGAGUGGGCCGUGGCUCUGUAUGACUUUGUAGGCCAGGCAGAAGAGGAACUGUCCUUCCAGCAGGGAGACCGUAUCCUGGUCACACAGCAUGUAGACGCCGAGUGGUGCUCUGGAAGGCUUAACGGUAGAGAAGGAUUCUUCCCCACAGCCUUCGUAGAGACCAGCUCAGGCAACUCUCCUGUGUUGGACAGACAGCAGAGUGUGACUAAUGGAGAAGGAAGCAGAGGGGAAGCGCUGUUCGACUUCACACCUGAAUGUGAUGAGGAGCUCUCACUGAAGGUGGGGGAUAUCAUCACCAACUUGGAGUCCAUUGACGAUGAGUGGUUCCUGGGAGAGUUGAGGGGGAAGCGAGCGUUGGUGCCUAAAAAUUAUAUGCAAGUGCUGGCAUGAGUAAUCUACCCUUAACAAAGACACUGGGGCACUACGGGAACUACUUUGUGUCUGUGGUUUCAUCACAAGUAAUGUCUUUUGAACUAUGGAAAUAUGAGAACCUGAAUAUUCCAAAGUGCCUUUUUGCCCCACUGGACUGCUGUAGUUCUCCACUUUGAAGCGUGAAACUAGAUUGUCCGGUCAAUCACCAAGAGAAGGUUAUUGGGUGUCUUUUUGAAUGCAACAUUUUGUAGUAUUUAUAAAUGUGAAAGGAUCACUUUAUUUGGAUAGUCCAUCUGUAUGUGGUCAUACGGUAAGGUCUGUUGGGAUAAGGGUGAAGGUUAGGGCUAGUUUAAAUGUUACUGAUAGUCCAUCUGAUGCUCUACAGACUAUCCAAAUAAAGUGUUACCUGUGAAAGUAAUGAAAUAACUUUGUAUGAUGAUGCAUCUGAGAAUGGCUGGAUGUAACAGGUAUUCAUAUUAAGUUCCUGCCACAAAACCCUUACCAGCUUUGUUCUAAUCCAGAUAUGCAGUAUUUAACAUGUUGACCACACCAUUGCACAUUAAAUAUAGCCGUUGUACAAUAUUUCCUCAAACUAUGAAUUGUGGUUCUUACAAUACUGCAAGUAUGUAGCCAAUUGUGCUCAAAUGCUCCGCUGGUUCAUGAAAUGAAGACUUCUGAAGUAAAUGCUCUUGAGUCAUUCAUAAAGUUGAGGAAAGUGUCAAAAGGUUACUUUCAGACAAACACUGGUCAUGCUUAGGCAUUGAAUUUGUUUUAGGUGUAUAAUCCUCACAGGGUGGAAAUGUGGAUCAAAUGAGCCAUAUCUGAUUAAGCAAGAUUAUGGUAGUGUAUUGGUUAACACUUGAACAGGAUUUCAACUUCUCAAACAUUUAUAUUUUGGUAAUUAGCCUAACAGGGUGGGUAGAAAUUGUAUUUAGCUUUGCACCAUUGUUUUCCCACCAAAUAAAUGGACACUUCCGGAAGGGGUUUUCUUAAAUGGAGAAUUACGACAGACGGGGUGGAAAGGUCAAAUAUUUUAUGGCUUAUAUUUCUCGGAAAUUGACAACACCCGGGGACAUGGCAAAACAAACAUCUACUGAAAGGGAAUUUUAUGGAUUUAAGGUAAAGGAUACCUGGCCUUUUGGGAUCCAUUUUACACCAAGAUUUUUCCCAGAGGAAAGAAAAAGCACCAUAGGAAUGACCCAAUUAAUGAAGUUGGCUUGUUUUUACAGUAAUGUAAACCACAAUACUUUGAAGGGUUUGUAUUUUACCUCCUUAUGGCAAUACGAUGUAAUUGAGCCCCUUGAAUCUUAAUUUGAGCAUGAGUGUCAUGGUAACAUGACAGUAUAAAACUACACUGAAGGUUGUUGGUUCCAUGCGCUGAAAUGUUCCAUUUGCAAAACAUUUAAAUCCGUUAGUGUGCAUUUCUCCUUUGCCAAGACCUGAUUACACAGGUGUACCUUGUGGACAAAGCCCACUUUAAAAUGUGCAGUCCAACAAGGCCAGAGAUGUCUCAAGAUAAGGGAGUGUGCAAUGUCCACCAGAGAUGUGAAUGUUAAUUUCUAAACCAUAAGCUGCCUCAGUUUUAGAAUUUGGUAUUACGCGCAACACGUUGAGUUUCGCAUAGCUUUUCUUUUUCCAGAUAUAAAUGCUUUGAUUUAUGCCUGAAAAAGAAUAGCUCUUUACAAAAUACCUUACCAAACAACCAUCCCAUUAACAGAAGACAGCAACAGUUGAGUAUCAUUUACAUUUUUUUUAUUAAAUCGGUCAGGCGUUUAGACGGUCUCUUGGAUGGGGGGCUCGUAGCCGUCGGCCCUAUCUACCUUAGCCCCAGUGUCAUCGCCAGAGGGCUUGGCUGUACUGCUGCCACCACCCUCACCGUGGAGCUCCAUCAGUUUGCCCA